AUGCAAAACAUUCGGAAUAAUACAGAAAUAAAUAACUCAAGUAAUAAUAUCAAUAUCAAUAAUAAUAAUAAUAAUAUCAAUAAUAAUAAAAGUAAUAAUAAUAAUAAUAAUAAUAAUAAACAAAUAAAUAAUAAUAAUAAUAGUGAUAAUAAUAAUAAUAAUAAAAUAAAUAAUAAUAAUAAUAUAUAUAAUAAUAUGGCGAAUAGCAAUUCGAAUAGAGGAUCAACGGCUGUUGCAAACCAUACAACCGAACAAACUAAAAAAGAACAAGAUACAUUAAAUUUUUUUUAUAAACCACAUACAAUUCUUGCAUUAAUAAUAGCAGGUAUUGUUACAAUUUAUUUCGCAUUCACAAAAGAACAAUCACAAGUUAACAGUGUUAAAACUGGUAUUUUAGCAUCAUGUGCAGCAUUUUUAUUAUUUUCAAUGUUACAAAUGAGAGAUGGUUUAUUUAUUAGACCACAUCCAGCAUUUUGGAGAGUAGUGAUGGGAGUUGGUGUAUUAUAUUUAUGUGCAUUAGUAUUUAUGUUAUUUCAAUCAGCUGAUGAUGCACGUAUAAUUAUGAAACAUAUCGAUUCCAAAUUAGGUGAACCAUUACCAGAGAGAUCAUAUGCUGAUAAUUGUGACCUUUAUACACCAGACAAUCCAGAAUCAAAUUUUGCAAAUUUAAAACACACUGUAAACGAUGAAUUCAUUUGGGCACAUUUCUUAGGUUGGUGGGGUAAAACUUUACUCUUACGUGACUAUCGUCUUUGUUGGGUUUUAUCAAUUUCAUUUGAAAUUUUAGAAUUAACAUUUGCUCAUCUUUUACCAAAUUUUCAUGAAUGUUGGUGGGAUCAUAUUAUUUUAGAUAUUUUAGUAUGUAAUGCAUUAGGAAUUUUGAUGGGUUUAUUAACAAUUAGAUAUUUACAUAUGAAGGAAUAUAAUUGGGCAGGUGUUGAACAACCAAAAUCAGAAGAGAGAAAGAAAUCAUGGUAUAAUCCAAUCACUUUAUUAAAACAAUUCACUCCACAAACUUUAGAUACAUACAAUUGGGAGAUUUUAUCAUCAUGGAAGAGAUAUCUUGGUGUUAUUCUAUUGGUUGUUUUAAUUUCAAUCGUUGAAUUAAAUGCUUUCUUUUUGAAAACUUUAUUAUGGAUACCACCACCAAAUCCAAUCAAUGUUUAUCGUUUAUUAUUAUGGUGUUUAAUUGGUACUCCAGGUUUACGUGAAUAUUAUCAAUUUGCAACUGAUGGUAAAACUAAAAAGUUGGGUGCAAUGGCAUGGAUUUGUAUUGCAAAUGUUUUCAUUGAAGUUUUAAUCUGUGUUAAAUAUGGUGGUGCUAUGUUUUGGCAAAUUCCAACACCACCAGAAGUUAAAUAUCCAUGGAUCAUUGGUACUUCAAUAUUUACAAUUGGUUCCGUUUUCUAUUUCACUAUUUAUCAAAAAUUCAUUAAAACUCAACCAAAAGUAAAAUCCUGUUAA